GUCAUCAGUACAAACAUCAGCGUCUUCCCGGGUGCGCGCGAGGAGCGCGAGGAGGAAGACGUACGAGAGAGAGGGAAAUAUAGAGAAAAGAGAGAGGGGCUUCUGGUGCUGCCACCGCUGCCGCUACCACUGCUGGCCGUUGUGGGAAAAAGGCUGUGCGACGAGGAGCAUGAUGAUGAUGGAGUCGAGGCGGUGGAGAAUUGUGGAUUUACAAGAAAGGACUGCUCAAAUUUGACAGAGGGGGCUUUUUUUUUUUGUAUCCGCCUCUUCUCGGUCUCCUACAUCCUUUCUCCUUCUCUUCCUUUUAUUUUGUUCUUCAUUUGGACAUCGUACGUGGCCAUCUAAGCGAGACAGAGAGGGGGAGUACCUCACGGACGCAUGGGAAGGUAAAAAAAAAAAAAAAAAAGCGGACGCAACAAGACCUGCCAUCCAACCAUACAUCCAUCCACCCCUUUUUGGACGCUCGUAAUGGACAUCGAGAAAACACCUAUUGACUGAUGAAUCACAAAAAUCAGUUGUAAACUAAAACAACGAGCCGGAGACUGUAAAAUAAAGAAAAUCCCUCUUGUUUUUAUUGAUUAUUUUUUUUAAACAUUCAUCGUGUAGCCCCAAGGAAAACGAGCAAUGUUGAAUCACUUGUCGUGCUGAAUUAUUUAUUAGUACUAUAUGAUUUUAGUAUUUUUUCCACGUAUCAUUUUUCCCUCAUACAAGGUUCGUUAGAUAUACACCCAGUCUUGCAAUUAAGUGGAUGCUGAAGAGUGUCUUUUGGAGAUUUUAUUUGCUUUUUGGAAGGGUGCACGGAAGGAGCAGGCGGAGGUGUAGAGAAGGAAAAAGCUUUUUUUUCUUUCCAUUUUUGGAAAGAAAGGGAAGAAACAUGUUGCCUUCCCAAGAAGCCUCCAAGAUCUACCACGGCAAUUACAACUACAACUACAACCCGCGGGCCGUCGGAGUGCUGUGGGCCAUCUUCACCAUUUGUUUCGCCAUCGUCAACGUGGUGGUCUUCAUCCAGCCCUACUGGAUCGGCGACAGCGUCAACACGCAGCAGGCCGGUUACUUCGGCCUCUUUCACUACUGCGUGGGCACCGGGCCGUCGCCCAGCCGGGAGCUCACCUGCGUGGGCAGCUUCUCCGAUUUCAGCUCCAUCCCGUCCGGAGCCUUCAAGGCGGCAUCGGUGUUCGUGCUGCUCUCCAUGGUGCUCAUCAUCGGCUGCAUCGCAUGCAUGGCGCUCUUCUUCUUCUGCAACACCUCCACCGUGUACAAGACCUGCGCCUGGAUGCAGCUGCUGUGCGGAGUUUGCUUGGUGCUGGGCUGCAUGAUCUUCCCCGAUGGAUGGGAUGCUGAGGUCAUCCGGGACAUGUGCGGGGAACAUACAGGAAAGUACUCCCUGGGCGACUGCUCUGUACGCUGGGCCUACAUGUUGGCCAUCAUGGGCAUCCUUAAUGCCCUGGUCCUGUCUUUAAUGGCCUUCGUCCUGGGCAACCGGCAGAAUGAUUUCUACCUGGAUGACCUGCAGACUGACAACAAAGAUUUUGCUGUGUCCAGGAUUGAGGUUCGGGAUAGAAGAGAGCCAAGGUAUGGAGUACAACGUCUUCACUGAGGACGACUAUAGCACUGGACAUCUUCUCAUCUUCUUCUAUGAUUCCUCUCUAUUCUUCCUCUUCUCUAUUUCUCUUCUUUCUGAUGAUCAGGAUUUCACCCAAUGUCAAUACAGACACAAAGUGUACAGGAUUAUGUAAAAUAAAGCAAAAAAAAACAACAACAACAAAUUAAUUGGGAAAAACUAUAUUUUGGAAAAUGAAAAAAAAAACACAUCUGUACAGUGGAUUGAACACUUGUCUUUCACAACAAAUACAUCUAUGAUGUGGGAAAAAUAUAUUUACCUUGAUUUAUGUGACAAACUUAUGAUAAAAAAAAAAAAAAACAUCUUGUCUGUCAAUAAUUUGUUUGGACCUUAAUUUUGCAACUUUAUCACUGUGUGUUUUUGUAUUUUCAUAUUCAUAAGUGACGAAUGAGAGUCCUUAUACAGUACAGCAGUUGAGUUCAAAAUAUCAAUACAGCCGCAUAUGAUCAAACAUAAAUUGCAGGUGACUUCUCAAUGAUAUUUCCAGGAUUACCCCAUAACAGCUUUACAUUACACCUCUGGGAGAGUCUGUGCUAAACAUACCAUCCAGAACUAUGUAAAUAUCUGAGUUGCUUAUAUAUGUAUGAGUAGGGUGGGACUUCCACUGGUUAAUUAUGAUGAAUUAAUUACAAGGGGUUUAAUGAGUUAAAUAAAUUACCACAUUUUAAUCGCAGUUUACAUUCCAAACACGGAGCCUUUGUCAGUGCACAAUUUUCUGGUACACCGACUAAAUUGACACCACUUACAGCUAAUGAAAUAGAAAAAUCUGAUAUCAAUUCGUUUCAUCAAAAAAAAAAAAUAUAUAUAUAUAUAUAUAUAUACAG